AUGCCAGCGGGCCUUCAGCCCUCGCAGCCGCCUAGCCUCGUCAAAGCCGUCGGUGGCGUUCAGAGGCCGGCAGCGCGCGCUGCGCCCGGCUGUCCGGGCCGCCCCGUCCGCACUCAGCGAUGGGGCAGGGUUUGCGCGAGUAGGGACGGCGAGGAGACUGCUGGCGAUGAGGGCGUGCGCUGGUCGCGAAGGGAGCUCAUGGCGGCCUCGGCGCUGACUGUGGGCCUUGCUGCCGCUCUGGACGCUCGACGCGCGGAGGCCGUGCAGGGUUACACUGCUGGCAGGAUUCCGGGUGUGUCCGCAUCGCCAGAUGCCCAGGGUUUCUACACUUAUAAGAGGCCGCCAGGCAAAUCUGGAGGGCAUGGCGUGGGCUGGAGCGAGAUUCCACCGUACACAUUCAAGAUCCCAGAGGGCUGGUCAGAAGUUCCUGUCUCCAUCGCUGACCUUGGGGGAACCGAGAUAGACUUGCGAUUUGCAAACGAUGAUGAAGGGGAGCUGCAGGUUGUGGUGGCCCCAGUUCUUCGGUUUUCAGAUGUUGGGAACAAUGCAGACGUAAGAAUUGAUCAACUUGGUGAGCCAGACAAAAUCAUUUCUGGCUUCGGUCCUGAGCUGUUUGGCUACCCCGUCGAAGAAACAGAUGUCGUGGACACAACGGUCAUCAAGAAGAAGGACAUUCCGUACUACCAGUGGUAUGUUGUGUACGGUUGGGCAUUUGUGUGGCUGUUACUAACCCCUGGUCUGAUGUGCUCCCUUUGGGUGGUGGUUCAUGCAUCGCCAUGCCCAGACUUGUGCAGGUCAUGA